AUGAUUGGAGUUGGUACUGCAAUGGAAGGUAUUAAUCAAAAUGAAAUCAUGUAUAAAUUUGCUCUUGAACAAUCAUGGCGAAGUCCAUUAAAUGAUAACGAAUUAAAUAGCAUGGGAAUUAUAUUAGUUGAUGCAACCAAUGAAGUUAAUUUCGAUUUAUUUCGUUAUGAUUUAGUUGAUAUAACUAAAGAAGUUCUUCAAUAUAAAUUUGCUAGUGUUUACAUUCAAUUUAUGUCUACUUAUAAUCAAAGUGAUCUUUAUGGAGGUCAUCCAGUAGAUUCAAAUAUUUUGAAUGAACGUUUAUUUCUUGAAGCUGAACCACCAUUUUAUCAUUCAUCUUUAAAUGAUAUUUAUUUGAAAGAAAAAGCUACAAGAAAAAUAUUUCCAUUUAAAUAUCGUUCCGAUUAA